AUGUUCUUCCUCCACAACCUCGAGCGGCGCGUCACGCUGCACCCGUCAUACUUUGGGCGAAAUAUGCAUGAACUGGUCACAACGAAACUCGUCAAGGAUGUCGAGGGAACGUGCGCGGGCGACUACUACAUUAUUGCCAUCAUGGACACAUUUGACGUAUCCGAAGGCCGUAUCCUUCCCGGAAGCGGCCUGGCCGAGUUCACGGUCGGCUACCGAGCCGUUGUGUGGCGGCCAUUCAAAGGCGAAGUAGUUGAUGCCAUUGUCGAUACAGUCAACCAGCACGGAUUUUUUGCAAAGGCAGGGCCACUGAGCUUGUUCGUUUCGUCUCAUUUGAUGCCUGAUGAGAUUCAAUGGGACCCGACGGCUGCUCCGCCCCAGUUCACCAACAACGCCGACUGGGUGAUUGAGCAGGGCACUCAUAUUCGAGCCAAGAUCAUUGGUCUGAGAACCGAGGUCGGCGAAAUGUGGGCUAUUGGCAGCAUCAACGGCGAUUUCCUGGGUUGUUUACAGGCGUAG